AAACUUGUCUUUCUCCCCAGGCUGUCUCCGGGCGGCUCAGUGCCGUGGGUCCCGCGGGCGUUCUGAUUCCUGUCGCCUGCCUCGGCGUGCAGAGAGGCUGCGCGGUUUCCAGCUAGGCCCAGGGUGUAAGAAAGUUUUUUUGUGAAGAAAUGGCCUCCAGCACUGGAAAUGAAAAGAGCGUGAAUCCUGUGCUCAGAAUAAGUCAACUUGAUGCUCUUGAACUAAACAAAGCCCUGGAACAACUAGUGUGGUCCCAGUUCACCAACUGUUUUCAUGGAUUUAAACCAGGGGUGUUGUCUCAUUUUGAACCAGAAGUAAAAGCAUUUUUAUGGCUUAUAAUAUGGAGAUUCACUAUCUAUUCCAAGAAUGCAACUGUGGGACAGGCUAUUCUGAAUAUUCAAUACAAGAAUAACUUAUCCCAGACAGAGAAAUACCAACCUCUGAGCAAACACCAGAAGUUAUGGUAUCUUAUUUUCACGGUUGGUGGAAGAUGGUUGGAAGAAAGGUGUUAUGAUUUAUUUAGCAAUCAUCAACUGCAAUCUUUCUGCAAAAUUAAGCAUUGUAUUAACUUUGCAGCUGGACUUACUAAACUUUGUGGACUUCUAAAUUUUCUGGUUUUUCUUCAGAAAGGAACAUAUGCAACACUUACAGAACGCAUUCUAGGAAUUAGGUCAGUUUUUUGCAAUCCACAAAGUGUUCGUCAGGUAGGAUUUGAAUACAUGAACAGGGAGCUUUUAUGGCAUGGCUUUGCUGAAUUUCUGAUCUAUCUGCUACCACUUAUUAAUGUACAGAAACUAAAACUUAAGUUUUUUUCUUGGUGUUUGCCUAUUGCAGGUCUUUCCAAUAGUGAAAACACAUUAGCAGCUCACUGCAAGGAAUGUUCACUAUGUGGGGAAUGGCCUACCAUGCCUCAUACCAUAGGCUGUUCGCAUGUUUUUUGUUACUACUGUAUUAAAAGUAACUAUUUAUUUGAUAUGUAUUUUACAUGUCCUAAAUGUGGCUCAGAGGUACACAGUCUUCAGCCACUGAAAUAUAAAAUUGAAAUGACAGAAUUGCAUGCCUGAUAUGGGGUUGAUUUGGUUUUAUACUGUACAUGAAAUAUUAUGUUGCAGAGGUUAAUGGAAAAAUUCAGAAAUUAUUGUAAACAGACAGCUCAAAGGUUGUUUUGGAGGCUCUGCAGUUUGUUGUAACAUAUGUCUUUACUGGUCUUAGGUUUUUACUGAGUAACAGUGCCAUCUUGCCUCUCUGAAGGAAGGAAGUGAAAGGAGUUCACCACCUCUUCUAUUCUCUCAUUCUAGUUUGGUACCCCUGUGUUGUCAAGUCAUUCCUUCUUAGAUCUAGAGUCUGUCAGCCUGCCACUUCCUCACUGCAUGUCUCUCAAAGAUGGAGAAGAUGCCCAGUAAGCUUUUACCCAUUUUGUGGAUUUUCUCAAGCUUCUUGUAAAAGCUUCUGCAAUUACUAUUUACCUAGGAGAUGGAUUUAGUGAGAAAGUGAUCCUUGUCAUGCCUAAAGAAUAAUUUUAAAUUUUAAUAUUUUAAAUUUGAAUUCCCAGUGUCAUGUUCCACUGCAAAAAAGGAAAGGUGUAAGAUAAUUGUCAUCUCAGAAGGUUGUUAAUAGUUUUCAUCAUAUUCAGCUGCCAUAACAGGACAUACUCUUUCUCUAACUCAGUUAUCAAUAGACGAUAAGCUUUAAGUGAUCCAUCUGGUAGGCAGAUAGAUACUAUGUAGUUAACAGGUGCCUAAAGAGAAAUAACCACUUCCUGUGCAAAUACACUGCACCUUCUAGAUCUUCAUGAGGUCACUGAACGCAUUUUCUCACUCAAUGUUAGUGAUCUUCAGUGACCCAUGUAUGACCAGCUCCUAAUUCUUCCCUAUAAAGCUGAGGGGCACAGUCCAUCAUCCAUUGGAAUGCGGCAGCUGCCCAAGCUGCCUAAGUGCAUUCCUCUGAGUCAGAGACACGGAGAAAACUGUUUACUCACAAGAUGCUGUCUUUGGGACUUGCCACUCUUCUUUGGUGUAGUCAAGGUGGGUGCCAAACCUCACUAACAGCUCGCUACCACACAGAAAAAAGAUCCAGCACAGCUAUGUGGAUGUAGACAUAUUAAAAAAAUAGGUAACUCUUCCUGUUUUUUACUAUUACUAUUUGCUUUCUCUGUUGGCUUUGCAAUGUUUUUGUUAUUCCCUGUUUUAACACUUCAUCCAUUUAUUCUCUGACCUGGUUUUAAAGAUUUAAUUUUUUCACAAUUGCAGUCCCAUUUUAACAGGAAGUUUUACCCAGAAGUGCCUCAUUAACACAAAAAUACAUUGCAUCCUUUUUUGGCACUUAAGUCAAAUUCUCAAAAACUUACACAGUUGAAUUGAGUAAAUCACUUUAUGGUGGUUGUGUUCUUGAUUGGUUAUCAUCAAUAGUCCCAAAAAUAGUAUGGUAACAACUGAUCCAAUAUCUUUGAUCUACUUUUAUAAAAUGGUUUAUUACAUUCUUCAAUGUCUGAUUAAAACAACCCACCAGCCUGUUUGUUUGAAGAUCUUAGAUUUUAGGUUUUGAUCUUUAGAGUGACACACAACGCUUUCAUCUGAUGCAAUUAAAUAUAGUUAGCAGGCUCAUAAGUAUCUGUGGGCAGCCCAAAACUUCAUUAAUUCUGCUACUGUUCUGUGAGUCAACAGAGACUUCAGAGCAACUGCUUCCAGAUACUGUGCUGCAAUAUAUUAUUUGCCAUCAAAUGUGUAUAUCAGCAGCCUGCCAAAUUUCUGUUACUCGCAGUUGCCAUUUGAACCAGCAGGUACAAAUCUGUCUUUAUUAGAGGUAUCAAAACUGGCGAGUCUGUUGGAGAAUAUCCUGGAGUCACUUGCUGGUCCUGAAGUGAUUCUGUUUGAGUUGUCCCUGCACAUCACUUAAUAGCUCUUCCCAAAGAAAUGUAUUUGCAAUCC